GCGGCGUCAAGGUCUGAGUCGCGGCGCUUCUCCGCUCGGCACAGAGGCGGACACGCGGGACUCGAGGGCAGGAACUUGGUCUUUUGUCACGCUCAAGAGCAAGGCGUUUGAAACCAGCGAAGAAGAAGGUGGUUUACUGUACGAGUGUGUAUUAGGGCUGUUGGCGUGAGCUCCAGCGUGAUUCCCCGCCAUGGCCUGUUCGCUCAGGAAUAUCAUCAACUUCGGCCUCCUGCUCGCUGUCAUCGACCUGCUGCACGGGGUCGCCACCUGCGCCUUCUAUGGCUAUCAGUUCGGCAUCCACUACAGGGGCCACUCGAACUAUGGCAUCCGCUGGUACGAACACUACCUCUACCUGUCAGACCUCAGCGUGCGCGUGAACAUCGGCAUCGCGGAGGGCGUCGGCGGCCUCUUCUUCUCCACCAUCCUCAUCAUCGGCCUGUGCAAGCGCAAACCCCUGGUGACCUGGACGUGGCUGCUGAAACCCGUCGCCGUGAUCAUCAUUAACGUGUUUUUCCUGAGUCGCUGGAUGGUGCAGAGGGUCCCGCUUCUACCACAGCUUAUGGGACCGCUACAACAACAACCAGGAAAACACCUUCACCUACGCAGGCAUUGGCCUUACCCUCGUGCAGUUCUCCGUGAUGCUCUUCCUCCUCUGCAUCAACGGCUCCUUCACUUACGAGAUCCGCAAGCAGCGUGCUCCCAACACAGAGGCAGAGCGGAGUGUGUGAUCUCACGUGGAAGAUCAGGCGCCGAGGGGCUCUGCAGCAGGAGGACGAGAGGAGAGGAGUCAGCCUCCCGUCUCUCUCUAUCAGACGGAUUCAAGGAGUUCAUUGCAUUUUUGUCAUUUGCUUAGAUGUGAGUGAUUUUGAAUUGUGGGAUAAAGAAAUGAUUUAU